AUGUCAAUAUUUUUGUAUGGUAAAAGAAUUGAAGGAACAAAUGUUGGAUUCAUUUGUAAAUUAGUUAAUGUUUUGGAUAAAACAAAAUCAAUAAAAAAAUUUAAACUCCAAAGUAGAAUAUUGAAAUUCCAAAAAGAGUCACAAAAUAUAGGUAAUAUUGAAUGGGAUUGGAAUUGGGGAUGUAUAGACUUUAUUGAAUCAAAAUUAAUUACCAAAGGGAAUGGUUGUCUUAGUAAAGAUGAUAAACUUACAAUUAAAUUUAAGGUUAAAUUAAUUAAUAAUGUUAUUAACCCAUUUGAAUCGUAA